AAAAAGGUUCUACUGUACUGUGCCAGAGGUUUUCUACUGUAUCACUGUGGUAUCGAUUACUUUAUUAACAUAUGACUUAAGGUCGUCAAAUUAUUUGUGAGUGAAAAAUUGUUUGAAAACAAAUGGAGUUUAUGAUGAUAUGGGUUGAUUUUGAUUAUUUUUUGAUGUUUUCGUGUAACUAAAAUUAUAAAGUAUUAUGACGAACCUGUUGACUCGAUAUAAACAAGCAGUUCGGAAGCAAAAUGUUUAUUACUCCAAAGGAAUUGCUGGCGAACUAGGAAUGGGUGGAGAAAGUUUGUCAUCAAGACAUGCAUGGACUAAAGGCAGUGCAAUUCGAAAAGUUGGUGUACUUUUCGUUGCCAUUUGCUUCUUAUUAUAUGUUUUAUGGGGGACUUUGACUGUUACUAUUGCUGACUCUACCGAGGACAUUCUCUCAGAUGAGACAGUGCAUACACGGCUCAACGAGUCUUACCUGGUUUGCAACGAAAUUUUUGUUGAUCAUCGAGUUUUUGUUCAGGACCACCGACUCCACGAUUAUGAAACUUUAACUAUGAUAUAUUUCGUGACGCCCACAUAUCCUAGACGAGAACAAAUACCUGAGCUCAUUCGGUUGUCAAAUACAUUACUUCAUGUACCACGUAUUCAUUGGAUUCUUGCAAAUGAUCAUUAUGCUUGCAAUGCUUAUCUUGACGGUUUACUCAGAAAAAUUGGUUUACCUUUUACGCAUUUGGCAAGUCCUAUGCCAGAAUCUUAUCGUAAGAAGAAGCCAAUGCCUCGUGGUGUAGCAAACCGACGGGCAGCAAUGCAAUGGUUACGGCAACGAAAUAUCACAAACGGAAUUCUCUAUUUUGGUGAUGAUGACAAUACAUAUGAUUUAAGGUUAUUCUCUGAAAUAAGAGAUACACAACGCGUUUCUAUGCUUCCUGUAGGACUAAUUGAAGAGUACGUAAGUGGACCAGUUGUAAGAAAGGGGAAAGUUGUUGGAUUUCUAGAUUCAUGGGUAGCUGAUAGGCGUUGGCCAGUGGAUAUGGCAGGAUUUGCAACGAACUUGGCAUAUAUGGCUCUGUAUCCAAACGCUAGCAUGCCUUAUAAACCGGGCUAUGAAGAGGACCUUUUUCUACGCAGUAUCCGAUUAAAUUUGAAUAUAAUUGAACCUAAAGCAAAUAACUGUACAGAAAUACUCGUUUGGCAUACACAGACGAAGAGUCAUGAGCGAACUACUCUGCGUAUUAGCAACAAAUAUCUCGACGAUCGUUCAAAUCUUGGCGCACUCAUAAGAUCAUUGAAUGAAAUGGGUGUCGCACACUAUUCAGAUAACGAGGGACAAACGGCUGUUAUAAGCAAAAAUGGAAAAGCUAAACCAAUAAGCUUUUUUUUAAGCUGAAACUAAUUUUAUUUACAUAGAUAUUUAAAACGUACCUGGCACGCUGAAAAGCCAUUGUUUGAACAUUACCCUGUGAGCAUUCUCAUAAAGUUUGAGAAUAGGGAAAAUUCGAUGGAUCAGAUCCAGAUCAUACGUGGAAUUAUACGUCGUUUUCUUCCUCUUCUUAAGAUUGAAUACAAUUCUAUGCGAUCAAAAAAUAUAUUUGUUAUAGCUUUGCCAGUUGACUGAUGCGUCCUUCGGGCUACCUCGGUCAACUUCAAUUUGCGGUUGUCCAAAAUUAAGUUGUGAAUUUAUUCUUGCUUCCGUGUUUAACAUACUUUUUAAAACAAUCGAUGCGUUCCUUGUUUCCGGUACUCAUACGGCUUAUACGAAGGGCAAAAUCCAGAUAAUCUUCAUCGAGCAGCUUUUAGAGACCAAUUAUUAAAAAAUAAUGUUUUAUUAAUUCACAUAAUCUAUUUUGCUUUUGUUUUCAAAUAAAACCUUGUCAUUUAAAAUUCGA